ACAUACUCCUCCCUCUCUCUUUCUUAUUUUGUGAAAAUAAAGUAUAUGUAUUAUAUUCAAUAUUACAUUUCAUCAACCAAUUAAACUGUUUUAUACUACAUGUAUAUGCAUAUACCGUUAAAUUACGUACAUCAGAAGAAAAAAAAGAUUCUGAAUCAUGAUACGCAAUUUUAUGAAGAAAAAUAUUGAUAACUUACAUAAACAGUUAAAUGUUUGAUGUCAUAAAUUAAUAUGCUCAUGUGGUAGAUAAGAUUUUAUUGUUGAGAUUGGUAUUAAAGUCUUGAUUAGAGCAUUAAUAUUCGAUCGUAUUAGUUAAUAAAAAUUUUUUACUUGUCACACUAAAUAUCAGAAUAAAUAAUGUAGAUGAUAAAAUAUGAUACUUAAUGAUAUUAUAAACAAAAUAUGAUAAAUAGGUUAAAAAUUUUAUAAUUUUUUAAGAGUCACAUGCAUUGCAUUAUGUCACCAGCAUUAGUACAAAGCAACAAUGAACUAUUCUUACUACUUAGUAACGUCUGGAAUUUUAAUUCAAGGACUUUCUUUGAAAGCAGUUUUAUCUUUUUACGUACUGAAGUAUAACUAAAUAUCACUAACAAAUAUAUACUAUUGAUUAGAGAGCUGUCCAAUAUUAAGUAGUAGCAGCUCUAUGACACAAACUGAACUUUUACAAGAAUUGACAAAUAAUUGUCGUUAUGAUAAAAUGACUAGACCACCAGGAGAAAUUAAUUCUACAGACCCAAUUAACAUAUAUACCAGGGCUUAUAUUUAUACAAUUAGAUCUAAUAUGGCAAAAACACUGCAAUUUGAUGUACACAUGAUGUUGCAAUUUAGAUAUCUGGAUAACAGGUUAAAAUUUUCAAACAUUGCUCCAUAUUUAAAUCAACUAUAUGGUGGACAAUUUGCGCAUGAUUUAAUUUGGACACCUACUGUAUAUGUUUCUAAUGAGCCCAGUUCUGCUAUAAUGGGAAAUAGUGUGAAAGAUAUACUUGUUUCAAUAGACCCAUCAGGCAUGGUCAUACUGAAUACUAGGUUGCAAGCUACUCUUAACUGUGGGCUUCGUUUGGAGAAAUUUCCGUUUGAUGUACAAGAAUGUCCUCUUGUCUUUGAAAGCUGGACACACAAUGUGCAUGAUAUGGUGUUAUAUUGGGACCAAGAUCCAAUCAUACUUGCAGACGAAUUACACUUAACUGAAUAUAAGCUUUUUGACAAAUGGGUUAACACAUCAGAAGUAUUUUAUACUACAUCGCAGCAACAUUAUGGUCAUUUUGCUGGUAAUUUCAGUUCAAUUAGUAUAACAUUUAAAUUAGCACGCGAGAUGGGAUUUUUUAUGAUGGACUAUUACAUUCCAUCUAUACUAAUAGUAGUCAUUUCUUGGGUAUCUUUUUGGUUACAUAUGGAUGCGAGUCCUCCACGAAUAGUGUUAGGAACAAAUACUAUUUUGACAUUUAUGACUCUUGCAUCCAAAGUAGAGAACUCUCUGCCAAAAGUUUCUUAUAUAAAAGCCAGUGAAAUAUGGUUUUUGGGUUGUACAAUAUUUUUAUUUGCAGCAAUGGUUGAAUUUGCUUUUGUUAAUACAAUUUAUCGACGGAAGAAAAAUGUUCCCUUGAAAAAGGUAAAUAGUAAAUACAUAUUAAAAUCAACGUUAACACCAAAACUGGCUCGAAAACAAUUUCAAAAGAACACUACAGGAUUAGAACGAUCACGGUCUUGGUCAUCACUUGAUAAUGCAAACACCAGUGAACAAGAUUAUUCAAGUCAAAAUUACCUUACUGUGCAUAGUUUUCCAAGUACUCUCAAUAUUCCUUCUGUUAAAAUUGAAGAAGAUAAAGAUCAAGAAUGUUCUAUUGGGAGCAUUAUGACUGUUAAUAGUACAUCAUCACCAAAACCUUUUCAACGAAGAGCAACUCUUGCACAGUUACAUAAUUUUACAACAAUGACUCCACAAGAAAUUGCUCAAUGGAUUGACAGACGUAGCAGAAUUGUAUUUCCUGUGGCUUUCAUUAUAUUUAACAUUCUUUAUUGGUCUUUUAUUUGGAUAUAAAAAUGUUAUAAAUAGAUUAAAUAUAUAAGAAGUAAUUUUUUUUUAUUACAUUGAAAAUUACUAAGAAAUUCUUGAAUAAUUACGAAAACUAACGAGUUGCAUUUAUGUAAUUUAGCUGUAUAAACUUUUAAAUAGAAAAGUUGUUUUCUAUAGUACGCGUACAUAUGUGAUUGUUACUAUGUGGUAGUUGUUUAUUUAUUUUAUAUAAAUUGUUUUUAAUGGAGAAAAUAGAUUAUAAAUAAAUAUAAAAUAUUAUGACAGAA